CCUACACCACCAGAGAAACCCUUGAGAGAACCCCAAACGCAGUCGCAGUUUCUUGAACCCCAAACAAGCCUCGUCCACCCGCAAAGUUGAGGCCUUUCCUCUUCUUGAUCCCUCGAAGUUCAUUCAUCAUCACCAUCAUCUCCAAGAAAGAUCGAUACCCAGAAGCGAAAAAUGGCCGGUCUCCUCCGGAGGAACAACCCCGGCAUCUUCUCGGUCCUCCGCAAGCAGAAGAUCGCGCAUUUCGUGGCCAAAGGGUAUUCGGUCCCGAGAGCCCGCCGUUUCCCCGAGAACCCGGCGUCGUCGGCCAGAGCCUACUUCCGUCCCCAACGUUUCCCGAGGAAGGUGAGGGAGUAUCAUCCCUCCCCGGCUUCUUUCUCGUCGUCGUCGUCGUCGGCCGCUUCUUCUCGGGUCGGGUUCUUGGGUUGGUAUCUGGGUGUGGUCAAGUCUCGACCCAUUUUCACGAAGAGCGUCACCUGCGGUCUUAUCUACACGGCUGCUGAUUUGUCCUCUCAGACGAUUGCGAAUCCAUCUUCAGAAUCUUAUGAUCUUGUGAGGACAUUACGGAUGGCGGGAUAUGGUCUGUUGUUUGUAGGGCCAUCGCUGCAUUUUUGGUUCAAUUGCAUGUCGAGAUUUUUUCCGAAGCAGGAUCUUGCGUCCACGUUGAAGAAAAUGGUCAUGGGGGAGACACUUUACGGACCCGCUAUGACCGUGGUUUUCUUUUGCGUGAAUGCCGGUCUACAAGGUGAGAAUGGGACACAGAUUGUUGCUCGAUUGAAGCGGGACUUGAUUCCAACAUUGGUUAAUGGAGCUAUGUACUGGCCCUUAUGUGAUUUCAUCACGUUAAGAUUUACCCCUGUUCAUUUACAGCCUCUCGUGAGCAACUCGUUCUCAUAUAUUUGGACCAUAUAUCUGACUUACAUGGCUAGUUUACAGAAAGUGGAUUCAACUGCUAAGCUAACUACAGAAGCUGCCAUUUCUCCUCCACAAUAGGCUCUGGAUUUUACUUCUUGUUACAGCCAUCAGCAGGUUGCUACUCACAGUAGAUGAAAUCUUGUCCUGUGCAGUUUUUACGACUUACUGAAGCAACAAUGGGAUCUUCUUUAGAGCAGAGAGCAUACGGUUCAAGAGAAAAGGAACCACCCUGAUUAUUCUUCUAGUUUAAGGAACAACCCCAUUUAUAUCAGACUUUUUCAUCAUAAAAUUCAAUUACUUGCAUGAGAUGUAAUUAGAGCAGUUUAGCAUCACAGGUUAUUGUAAAGCACUACUCAAUGAAGUUGUUAGGGCAUUUUUUUCCUGAAAA